AUGGAAGAUUCCGAUUUCACCAGUCUUUUCUCGGGUAACAAAUCGACUGAAAUCAAUAUCGUUCUCGAUUCGAAUCAGGUUGUUUUGGACAAUUUUCUCGGCGCCAGUCUGUACUGGAUGAACGAAAACACUAGCUCACAAUCGCUGAUUCUGAAGAUCAGAAAGAACGACAAGCGAAGAAUUCUAGUUCCUUAUUUGCAGCAUAUUCGCACAGUGUUCGAUGAAAUUGAGCAGAAAAGAAAGGAGGUGAGACUUUUCGUUAACGUAGCAACCGAAUUCCAGAGAGACAAACGGUGGAGAUCGAUUCCGUUUACUCAUCCGGCGACAAUGGAAACAGUUGUAAUGGAUACAGAACUGAAGAACAAAGUCAAAGCAGAUCUGGAAAAUUUUCUAAAAUCCAAGCAGUACUAUCACCGAUUAGGCCGUGUAUGGAAGAGAAGCUAUUUACUAUACGGACCUUCCGGCACCGGAAAAUCAACAUUCAUCGCCGCCAUAGCCAAAUUUCUUCACUACGAUAUAUACGAAUUCAAUUUAAACAAAAUGGCCAAUGAUUCAGAUCUGAAAUUCCUUAUGCUACAAACUUCGAACAAAUCGCUGAUCGUGAUCGAGGAUCUGGACCGUUACUUGAACGCGAAAACACCGGCUUUGAGCUUUCCAGGGAUUUCUAAUUUCAUGAAUGGGGUUCUUUCAUGCUGCGGUGAAGAAAGGGUUGCGAUAUUCACCAUGAACAGUAAGGAAAAUCUCGACCCGACUAUUAUCCGAUCAGGAAGAGUUGAUGUCCAUAUCUAUUUCCCUUUGUGUGAUUUUUCGGGUUUUAAGAGUUUGGCCAGUAAUCAUUUGGGGUUAAAGGAUCACAAAUUGUUCCCACAGGUUGAAGAGAUUUUUCAAAUAGGAGCGGCUUUGAGUCCGGCAGAAAUAGGUGAGAUUAUGAUUUCCAACCGGACCUCACCUAGUCGGGCCAUAAAAACGGUUAUUUCGGCGCUGCACCGUAACAAUGCCAGUCGGGUGGCAAGGAGGUUGAGUGGGAGCGGGUCGGGUCGUGGCUCCGAUGAAUUGGAUUGUAAGUCUAAGCUUUUUGGUAGGGAAAAUAUUACCCCUAUGAAAGAGUUCAAGAAUUUGUAUGGAUUUUUAAGGAAUACUAGUAGUUGA